CUCCGGGCGCGCGGCAUGGCGGGGAGCGGGGCUCGCGCGGAGCCGGGGGGACGGGCGGCGGCGGCGGCGGCCCGCGGGAAGCGCCCGCCGCGGCGGAGCGUGGUGGCCUGGAGGAGCAAGGCCGAGUGGGACCAGGUGAUGGUGGGGCUGUACUGCGGGGACUGCCGGCUGCAGCGGGACGCGCUGGACCGGGUGUCGGGCUGGCGGAGCAGGUAUGGGCACAGAAUGCCUUUAGCUGUGGAUUGCACUGCAGAUCUGAUUCGUUGUAAAAUCCUGGACACAUCUGGCAACAUGAGAUCUCAUGAACUCGUCCUUUUGUAUGGUCUGGCUCUCGUGAGGUUUGUGAAUCUAAUCACAGAGCGGAAGCAGAAAAUUGUCAACAUUCCCCUGAGACGAUUGGCUAAAGAGAUGAACAUCCCAAUUUGGAUUGUGAACCUUCGCCAUGAUCUGACCCAUGGGAAACUGCCUCAGCUAGUUGCCUGCCGAAAAGGUUGUGAUGUGGUGCUGGAGUGGCUACGCCGGACGUACUGGAGCCGUCAACUGGGUAAUAGUCUGGCUGGAGAAUGUGAAGAAGAGCAGAAUGAGGAGGUAGAGGCAGCAGCAACAGAGACAGAGGUGGACAGUGACACAGAGGAGGCUCAGAACCCACAACCACCGGGCUAUCAGAAACACAAGGAGCUUCAUGGUGGGUGUUUGGGAAACAGUGACAGAGAGAAAGUCAGAGAGCUGCUGGUGUCCUACAAAAAUCAGCAGUUUGGGGUUCUUCAGGAGUUUCAGUCCUUACGAAAGGCGCGCAAAGCAUGGUGUAAUUCUUCCUCAGAGGUGGAAUGGAUUUUGGCUCAGAUUAAAGAUUUGUUGCAAGAGAGCAGGGAGGUGGUGGCUGAAGCUCUGCUAGAUGAUGGCGCUCUCAUCCCAACUGUGGAACAACUGGAAACUUUAAAUAUCAAGUGUGAAGAAAAUAAAGAGUUGCUGGAUUUCAAAAUCCCUCAGACAUUUUACUACUUCUGGCAGCCUCUGCUAAAGGGCCUCCAGUCCCGAGACUUUACACAGACCCUGCUAGAGAAAAUGUUUGCUGACCUGAAGCAAUGUUCUGAAUCUUCAGAACUCAGGCCUCAGUACCUGAUCAACUGGAUUACUGAGAUUCUGACUGCCAACACCAAAGCAAAAGCCAGGAGGAAAGUGAGACGCCCUUCACAGAGUCAGAUAAACAAAAGGAGGCUGUUUCUCCGUAGAGUUUCCUUGCAGUGGAUAAAGCUCAUUGAUAAAUGUUUGGAAGCUCCCUGCUGGGCAACCCCACACCUCUUGCAACUGAUCCUGUCAGACAUGGAGCCUCCCUUGCCUUCAGAUGCUCAGGAGAACCUUCUCUAUCUCUCCUCUAUCUAUACCCAAGAAGGAGACUCUCUCUCCAGUCCAGGCUCUUCUUCAGACAGCAGUGGGCAGCCAAUUUACACCAUUGAGAGCUUACAGUGGAAGGCCAGACAGGAGAGUCAGGCGAAAGGCCAGAGGGUGGAAAGGCGAGAAACUGUACUGGGUGGUGUUGGUGAUGAAGAAGACAAGGGGGAGGAGGAAGUUGAAGAGGAAGAGAUGGAAGCUGAGCCAACGCCUUUGGAGGAACUUCUUCAUGCUGAUAACAUGAUGGUUAUUGCUGAGAAAAGGGCAGCGCUGCAUGGGUCCAUCUGGCAGAUCAGUGCAGAUGGAGUGCAGUGGAAAGACUUCCCUCUUGGGAAACUUCCAGGUCAGACAGAUGACCCUGAUAGCCUGUUGGUGGAUAGUUAUUCUAUGAUGUCCAUGCUUGAUCAGCCAGUGACAAGAGACGGUGGAAGGAACUCCCCCAGUACAAACUCUCCUGAAUUGAAUGGAGCUGUGAUGGAAGGAUUAUUGUGGACCCAGAAUGACCUCCAUAGAAUAAAAAGUGGCCUUCAGCUCUUCUAAGCAGCCAGUUUUAGACAAGAUAAGUAGCACAAAGAGCUAUCAUGGUGAUAUUACAAUAGUCUAUCAUGCAAAAAAUUCCUGGGGGAAAUAUAAGUGUAUAUGACUAUUUUAUAACUUAAUUUUUGCUUGAGGUCAUUUGUCUAGUAACUGUAGUCUAUUUAACAACAAGUUAAUUCCUAUCUCUUUUUAACUGAGCUAUGUGAAAUAUAGUUUUAGGGUUAACAUACAUUGGAAUCCUUCACUGUUUCUUAAACUUUUUGUAUUUAAUAAAAUAUUCUCCAGUUAAAAGUGAA